AACAGGAGCCACACAUGGCCGCGAUUCCUGUAGGCAAAGCCCCAACUGGAUGCGUUGGCUGCAUAGCUGGUGUCCAGAAGUGUUGUGUGCCAUGGAAUUGGGCGUUGGGGUGUAGCCAACAUAUGCCGUUGCUCCGCUUACCCAUGUGCCUGCCGCCCUGCUCCUCCACCUUUGUACUUCCCCUUCCUCCAAUCCCUUUACAAAUCUCGUCUUCCACAGGGUCACGUAAUUUUUCGCAUCAUUUGUGCUGCCCAGGUCUGAGUUUCGCCUCGUCGUAACCCCUUCAGUAUUCUUCUUCUGCAUUGCUUGUGAUUUAGGAGAGAAAGUUGGGAGCGAUUUAAGUUGGCUGGUGUGGCUACUUGAGCUCUAUUGCGAUGGGUUUUGGAGAUUCUUUGCUUCUUUCUAUGAACGGCACCUCUCGCAUUUCCUGCGGUUUAGCUAUUGAGAAUGGUGGGCUUGCGACGAGCGCGCAAGGAAACCUUCGUGGGUUUGCACCUAGGGUGUCAAGCUGCCGGGUGAUGCUUGGUGGGUUACCAAGUUUAGAAGUGCGCACAGCGAGAAACGGUUCGAGGAAGAGAUGCACUGCAAUUAGGGCUUCCAAAUCAGGGUCAGUGAAUUCGUCCGAGUUUGCUGCAAGCACCAGCACAUCCCUCGGACCUCAGGCGCAAUCACAUCUGAACCUGUUGGAGCGUAUGACGGAGAACUCAACUGCAUCCCAAGCUGGCGACGACGUGAAGACGAUCCGAGAUCAGCUCGCAAGCCAGAUUGAGCCAGAAGUUGAAGAAGUGGUGGUUUCUCUGGUCAGCGAGGAGAAAGAGCCAACACCCCCUCAACUGACAAUUUCUCAGAAACGCAAUAUCCGGCGCCAAAACUAUCUGAACAAGGUGUCAGAGCGCAACGACGCUCCAUUUUUCGCAACCGUUGCAGGCUUCGUCUUACUUCCACCCCUUCUCAUCCUAGGCUUCGCUGUGGCCACCGGUUACAUCGAACUCUUCCCUUGAAGUUAAAGCUCUUCAACUAAGUUUUGCACCCUUGAACAUAACAUAUACAUACAGAAAGUUGUUUCCCAAGUGAUGGGUGUGCAGCGUCCAAUAGUUUAGUGCAGGACAUACAAUUUAUCAGUUCCACUCUUCGACAUGUAACGUCAACCUUUCAGCGUAGUGAUGAGUUGCUGCCUUUGUCAAUGUAUAUAAAUUAGCAGUAUUGAAUGUUAAAUUUUUUAGCUAUUUCUUUGAGCAUCUUCUUA